CACUCCCACCAUUUGGUUACAUUUUAUGGCAAAGGUGAAUGCAUUUUUGCAGAUGUAAUUAAAUUCUCUAAUUAGUUUGACUUUGAGUUAUGCAAAAGGGAGAUUAUUGUGGUUGGGCCUUACCUAAUCAGGUGAGCUCUUUAAAAGAAGGCUUAGGUUCCCUGAGCUCAGAGACUCAAAGCAGCAGAGACUCUCUUUUCCUGCUGCCACCAAAUAAGCAAACAUCCAUAUCUACAGCUACAGUGAAAUGAAUUCUGACAACCACAUGCACUUGGAAGAGGACCCCAAGCUUCAGAUGACACCACAGCCCUGUUUGACACUUUGAUAGCAGCUUUGUGAGACCCUGAUCAGAUAACCCAGUAAACUGUUCCUGUACUCUUGAUCCAUGGAGAGUGAGAUAAUAAAUGGAAGCCUUAACCAGACACUGCCCAUCCUAACCUCUCGUGUGUUUUUCAGAUAUGUUUCCAGUACAGGUAGGGGAAUUGGUGGAGGUUCCCCUGUCCCCAGUCUUUCUUAAAGGCGCCCUAUGUACCUAAACACUAGGUUAGGGGUGAUACGACUAUUGUAACAGAGCUGAGCUGUCAGGCUGGCGCAGGGUGUGGAGAGAGAAUGGGACCUUUAGUGCCAGGCUCUGAAACCCUCACAGAUAACCAGAUACCCUCAUCUACAGACUGAAUCACCACAUGAGCACCUCUAGGACAGGUAAAGGCCUUUGGCACCUCAUCUGCCUUGUGAAACAGGAGGGCUUUGUGAUGUAGUCCAGUGGCCCUGGUUCCGUAGUUAUGUGAGGUGGAGAUGACAAGAUCUAACAUGGAGAAGCAUUAGGCCAAGACCUUGUAUACCCUAGGCGUAGAGAUGUUUGGUUUUCUAAUGCUGAUGAUAUUUAGAUCAUGUUGAGCCCUACUUACAUCCACUGGGACAUUGACUAUUCCUUAUAUAACUUUGGGUCUAUUUUCAUUAUUGUCCUAAUUAUCUGGCAGGUCAAAAGGAUCCACCAUGGAUUAAAGUUGGGACAUAAGAGGAGCUGCUGUCGGCGUCACCAAAGAAUCAGACAAAGGGCUAGAGAGGCAGCAUCAAGAGCUAGGAGAGCUUCCCGAGAAGAAGCUGAGAAGCCACAGAAGCUGCUCUCUCUCAUGAAAAGCCAGGGCUGGCUUCCUCAGGAGGGAAGUGUGCGGCGGCUUCUAUGUGCAGACCCCUGCUGUCACAUCUGCAAUGGUGUGGCUCUGGAGAUUCAGCAACUGCUGGCUGGUGAAAACAUCCUGAUGGCCCCCAGUUUGGCAGGGGCAUCACAGCUGUCCUCUUGCCUAGAGACUCUGUUCACAUCUGGUAUCUCUGAGCAGACUCUGAAGCUGCGUUCCAAGAACCCCAGAGAGCUUUCACUGGCAUCUGUAACCCCCACACUAUCACAAGUAACAGAUCAGAAAUCCUUAACCCAGACAGCUGCCCCAUCAACCGGUGCGGUCAGUGUCCAACAUCACUGGGAUGAACACCUGCAGCUCGGGCAGGAAUUUCAACUGCCAGAUAUGUCCUUGGACUCAGAAGCUCUGUGUUCUUCAAGGCUUGAGGAGCCUGGGAUUCCUGUGAACCAGAAGGAGAGGGAAAAGAGCAACUCUGAAUUUGUCCUAGAGAAACAAGAAGCCCCAGAAGCUGGCACGGGAAAUAAGAUAAAGUACUUCCUGCACUGGAUUAACCCCAAGAUGGAAGGCCAAGGACAUGAGGAAUGCAUUCUCCUCUCUAAGCCUGUGACCGGGGACAAAGCUGGUACAAAAAAUGUUGAAAACAGCCCAGACCUCACCAACAACCACAUGAGGGAAACUAACUCAGAGAAGACAACAGGAGACCCCAAGUCUCAGCCUUCCCCAACUGAGGAAGAGAGCCAGGCCUUCUUCAAUGCCCCUCUGUGCUCAGUCAGCUCCAGCAGCUGUUCUGUCAUUUCUGGGUCCUAUGCCACCCCUACCAGUGCCCUGAGCACUGUCCUCAACUGACUUGUGAUACUCAACCAGAAAAUUCACCCAAUGUCUCAACUCUCACCUUAACAGAAGGCACUUCUCUAAAUAAGAAGACCCCAGUCAAGCAAAAGGAGUUCUUGGGUUCUUAAACCUCUGCAUUUUCC